GCUUGUAUAUGCACAAGAACUACAACUGGGUGCUGGAAGGUUAUUACACCCUCGGUGAAAGGAUCGGAGGGCACAAAACCAGAGAUCUUGAUUACAAAGUUUGGACCAACGAAGGCAAGAUAUAACCCGGUGAGAUGAACAUUGCAGCUAGGUCCCUCUUCUGGGUUGUCACCUUUGGGACAAUUGGCUUCGGCCUCUUCACAUUUGUCAAACCUGAUGAUGAACUUCUUAAAAAGUUUGAUGAAGGCUCUAAAUUUACCGAUGCUAGAAGAGUAAGUCACGAAACUGUGAAAGUUUUGAAGGAAGCUGCCAACCCUGACUCUGAUAUUAAAAGACUGAGCAGGCGUGAUGCUCAGCGAUUAGAGAAACUGCAAAAAGCGCACAAGGCGAGGGAGGAAGUUGAUGCUACCAAUGAAAAUGAAGAUUACUUCUCAGGAGCCUUUAAAAUACGAUCCGAGACAAUUGAAGAGCUAUUAUCGCAAAUACCCACAUUAGAAACGCACGUCUUGCCUCAGCAUUUCGACAAUAUCAAGCAUGAAGUCAACGAAUUACAGAAGUUUGUUGUCACAUCCUCAUUUUUCCUCAAAGAGUUCAACAUGCGCAAAUAUUUAGGCAUUGUGGCUAACUUGCAAACAAAAUGCUACGAAUUAGAAGAUAGAUAUGUCCCUCGUAAGAAAUUUGGUUUCACUAGAAAGAAACUACCCAAAAGUCACAAUCAAAAACAAACUUCAAUUGAUGAGAACGAUGGUGCAGGCAAGACAGAUAGUAACAAAUGGGACGAUAAACUGUUUGGUUUUGAUUCUCAGGAGGACAAAGUUUUAUCAUUAGAAAACGAGGAGUUGUUUCAACGUGACGUUGCAUUGAGAAAUUUGAAAAACUGUACCAUCGGUUUGAAAGGAGUUAUGGGAACUUUGCAUUUAACUAACUUAGAUAAUUGUAUAGUGCUUUCUGGACCAGUCACGUCGUCAGUUUUUAUUGAGAAGUGCACAAAUUGUAAGAUAGUUACGGCGUGUCAGCAGCUGAGGAUGCACAGUUCAAUGAAAUGUGACAUUUAUUUGCACGUGACGAGUAAAGGUAUUGUCGAGGACUGUUCAGACAUUCGCACUGCACCAUACAAUUUGCAUUAUGAGGAUCUCGAGAAGCACUUCAACAUGUCCUCGUUAAAUAGGAAUAGCAAUAACUGGGAUCGUUUGGACGAUUUUAAUUGGCUAGCACCUGACGUUCCCUCGCCUAAUUGGUCAAUUCUUGAUAUUUCGCAGCGUGUGUGCAAUUGGAAUGAUUGGUGGUCAAAAACACCAUUAUAAUAUUUAUUGUAGAAGUAAUUUUCAUUUAAACCUUUGGAUUUGAUAUCUUCCUUACUGGAUAAGAAUUACAUUAUUGCAAAUACACAGUGCCUAAUUUUAUUUGUAUAACAUUCAAAUACAGGACAGAUUUGUAUUAAAGAUUAAAAAAAAACACACAAAGACUAACUUAGUCUGUGAAUAAGACUUAAAAAUUAAUUAAUUAUCUAUAAAAAUGUAAUUAAGAGUACCUGUUCAUGAAGAAUAAAACAUUUUGUUAAUAUAUUUUGUUUACAAGAUUUUAUAAUUAAGACGAAUAUAUAUUGAAAUUGUACUACAGAAGAAAAAUGUUGAAAAAAAGACCCUUGUGUCUAUCACAAAAUUCUUAUAUUUAUACUUAGUGAAGGAUAUCUAUAAUUUUUUUUUUUUAAUUUUCACACGCAGUUUUGAAUUGCGACAUAUUUGUAUUUUAUGAACGGGUGCUCUUAAAAUUUAAACUGGCCGCACAUCUAAGAGCACACACGACUAAUAAAUUAUAAAUUAUUAACUACUUUUUGCGCGUUCACGCAUCUAGGCAAAGUGAACUUAACCUUUGACUAAUUUGAAUAAUUGAUAUGACUUUAAAUUUUUAUUUUCGUGUCUCAGAUUUAUAUUUUCAGGGAUAAAUUAAAAAAAAAUCAAUUUAUUUCAUGUUGGCUUCGUUUACAAACACUUUUAAAGCGUCAAGUUUGACUAUUUUUAGUGACUACCACCAGUUCAGAAGUCUCUACAAAUAGUCAAACUUGACUAUUUGUCUACUAUUGAAAAUAAAUGAAUUGUGAUUUUUUUUAAUUUGAAGUUUUUUAUAUAUUCCAGUAUUUGUAAAAAACGGAAUUUCACGCCGAGUUGAAGGCGUCUGCUUGUUUAAAGAUAAAUGUGUCAGCGUUGCUAUUAGAUGUGAGGUCUCCUUUAUACUCCAUUUAAUUUUUUUUAAUAAUAAACUUUUCUUACACUAUUAUCCCUCAGCCCAAAAGGUUUAUUGUAAUCAACUUUCUUAGUUAAUUGGUCAGAUGUUACAUCAGUAACCAAUAAUUUAGAAUAAAUUGUGUAGGUAUAUAAAGACAAUUGCGUAGUUAACACAAUAUAGAUGCUUUUAUUAAAUUUAAUAUUUAUGAAUAAAGAGUUUUGUAAUAUU